AUGACAAAACUUUCGUGGAAUCUUAUCGCAAAGGCAUACUGUGACUUUGCGAUUGAUGAUGUAUACUUCCAGGCGCUUUGUCUCCAAGCCCAGGUGGAUUCGGGAGACGGGAGACUAGAGAGAGCGCGAGCACAGGUGGCUUUAGGAUUGCGAGUUGCGCAAGCCCGUGAUAUGUUGAGUGCGGAUUCGCUCUGUGGCCUUGAGCUUGCCGAUCGAGCUCGCCGGCAGGAAAUUAUCUGGUCACUUUUCAUGUUAGACCGAAUGCUUCUUGGAGGAAACACAAGGAACCCUUCGACUCCUACCACAGCCUUCGAACUCCCGGUGAUCCAAAGCGGACCUUUCCACCCAGAUAUUCGAACGCAACCACCUGAGCAUGAUAUCUCAUUGCAAUGUGUGGAUUCAGAUGCGCCCCUCCCGCCGCAGAGUGUCACCUGUCUACAAAUACAGACGAUUAGGAUCUGGGAGCGCGUCAUUGAUUACAUUGCACAGCCCCCUUCGGAUACCGAUGUGCCUCUUUGGAGACAUGACUCUCCUAGAGCCGCCAUCUUGACAAAACUUCUGGAUAUUGAGAUGAGGUGCGAAACUUCAGGACAUACUUUGGCAUGCAUAGGAUCGCCCGCUCGAGUGCUAGAUGAGCCACACCUGGAAAGUUAUUUUGUGGUAUGGUUGCGAUUUCAACUGACGCUAUCUGUCGUGAACUGCACCUUAAAUCACCCUUUCAUGAUACACAUCAAAACAGUACGACUCAAGCAGAAGAUUCCUUUGACCUUCUUACAAAAAUCUUAUGAGUUCUCUUUGAUACAUGCCAAUUGGGUCGUUAGGCUACUCAAUCAUAUGGAUGAAGCCAGAUUGAUGCUUCACGACCCCUUUCUUGGUCACUUGGUAGCAAUUGCAGCAUCGAUACACCUGGAACAUACCAAGAGCCAGUAUCCAACUGUAGCUGCGUCUGCGAAACAGAAAUUCGAAAAAUGCUUGGACUUUGUGAAAAGACUCUCGCAAGAGUGGCCGCGAAUGCAAGUCACUACUUCCCUUCUCGAGCAGCUGAAGGCACGAAUCCCUUACCGUUCAAUUUUAAACUAUAUUGAGGAAGAAUACGACGGUGCAGCCCCACCCGAAGGAGCCAACCAAGUACACCUUGAGGAAGAAGACUUGCUAUUGCUAUGGAGAUUGUUCGACUACGCAUUGACAUCGCCUAAGUCAAACUCAGAGUGUACUUUUGACGAGGAGUCUAAUACCGCUAUGCACAGCGUACCACCGCUCUUCAACGCUUCGUCGAAUGUUGCAAAUAAUCAAUUGUCUAUCAAUCCGAGUCCGAGUUCAUCUGCUGGUAUGUUAAUUCAGACAACCAGCGCAGGACUGGAAGACAUUGCAUUUCAGGCGUACGGUGACACAUCUGUACCCGGCGGAACUGCGUUCAACUACUUUCCUGACGAUAUCGAUUCACUUCAUCCGCAAUAG